UGUUGACCCAUACUAUACCAUGGACACAUACAGGUCUGCUUAUGAACCAGCUGUCCAACCAAUGCCUGGCCCAAAGCACUGGGAGAGAGUCAGAAUGAGGGAACCACUACCCCCUUCUGUUAAGGUGCAACCUGGGAGACCAAAGAGCAAAAAAAGGAAGCUUGAGCCAGGAGAAUGUUCUUCUUCAGGUGGUCAGGCAAGUACCAAGAGGAAGAAGCAAUGUAGCAACUGUGGGGGAUUUGGGCAUUAUGCCAAGACUUGCAAAGUACCUGCUGCACCAGCUACAGAGCUGAUAAAGUCAGCAGGCAGACCCCCACUGAACACUCCUUGGAUGGUGGAGGAGAGGAAGAAGAAAGAGAUUAGGGCUGCUAAAAAGAGUGCAAUUGGGGCUGGACCAAACAGCAUAGGAAACAAAAAGUUUCCUCAAGAGCAAGAAGGUUGUCUGCCAUUCAGUAAGCGCCCACAGCCACAGUCUUCCUCAGCUCAGCAUUCCUCAGCUCAGCCAUCCUCAAGUCAGCCAUCCUCAGCUCUGCCUUCCUCAAGUCAGCCUGCCUCAAGUCAGCCUGCCUUAAGCCAACCAAAAAGAAAGACAAGGUCUUCCUCAAGUCAGCCUACAACAGCCACAUGUGUUGUAACAAGGGCCAGGCUGCAAUCCCUCAACAACCUUACUCAGUGAUGUACUCAUGCUGGAUAUCAAA